AUGGACUACGAAGUUCUCAAGGAACAAUGGAGCGAAGUGGAAGAUCGCGAUGGCGUGCGCUUGAGCUGGAAUGUCUUUCCUAGCUCCCGGAUGGAAGCAUCGAGACUGGUAGCACCGAUUGGCGCGCUUUACACACCACUGAAGGAGAAGCCAGAUACUCCUCUGCUGCAAUUCGAGCCAGUGACAUGUAAACAGCCUUGUCGCUCUGUUCUGAACCCCUUCUGUCAGGUUGAUGUUCGCGCGCGCGUGUGGAUCUGCCCGUUCUGUCUAUCGAGGAACCCGCUGCCUCCUCAUUACAAGGACAUCACCGCCAAUGCCAUCCCCCCGGAGCUUCACCCCACGAAUACGACGAUCGAAUACCGCUUGUCCCGUCCCGCCCCCGCACCGCCUAUCUUUUUCUAUGUGGUCGACAUGUGUCAAGAGGAGGAUAGUUUGUCCUCGUUGAAGGACUCGCUAGUGAUGAGUCUCAGCCUUUUGCCCGAAAAUGCCCUGGUGGGCCUGAUCACAUAUGGAACGAUGGCUCACGUUCACGAAAUCGGCUAUGAGGAAUGCGCGAAGUCCUAUGUUUUCCGGGGAAGCAAAGAUUAUUCUUCUAAGCAGGUUCAGGAGAUGUUAGGCUUGACUUCCUCUGGGGCGCGACCUGGCAUGCAGCCGCAGCCGGGGCGCCCUAUGCCCAUGGGCCCGGCUUCUCGCUUCCUUCUUCCUGUGCAGCAGGCUGAGUUUCAGCUCACCAAGGCUUUGGAGGCUCUGCAGAAGGACCCCUGGCCAGUAGCCAAUGACAGGAGGAAUCUUCGCUGCACUGGUGUCGCACUUAGCGUCGCGGUAGGGCUGCUUGAAUCCUCCUUCCAGAACUCUGGAGCUCGAAUCAUGCUCUUUGCCGGUGGCCCGGCUACCGAAGGACCUGGAAUGGUUGUUGGCCCUGAGUUGCGUGAACCCAUUCGGUCUCACCAUGAUAUCGACCGUGAUAACAUCAAGUACUUCAAGAAGGCCCUGAAGUUCUACGACAAUCUGGCUAAGCGUACGGCCCACAAUGGCCACGUCAUCGAUAUCUUUGCAGGGUGUCUGGACCAAGUCGGUCUUCUCGAGAUGAAGGGUCUCUGCAAUUCUACCGGGGGGCACAUGAUUCUGACGGACAGCUUCACGUCGUCCAUGUUCAAGCAAUCCUUUGUGCGCAUCUUCGAGAAGGAUGGCGACGACAACCUUCUCAUGGGUUUCAAUGGUGUCCUGGAGGUUCUAACGACAAAAGAACUCAAGGUAACAGGCCUUAUUGGGCAUGCCGUUUCCCUAAACAAGAAGUCAGUCUCCGUUGGAGAAACAGAGUGUGGUAUCGGCAACACCUGUUCCUGGAAGAUGUGUGGAGUCGACCCGAAGGCCAGCUACGGUAUCUACUUCGAAAUUGCAAGCCAAGGGGCGCCUGCCCAUCAGCAAGCCCCGCAAAAAGGCAUGAUGCAGUUUUUGACAUACUAUCAGCACUCGUCUGGCCAGUUUCACCUUCGGGUGACCACAAUCGCACGAAACUUGAGUGGGCCUGCUGGUGAUCCAGCGAUUGCACAAUCGUUCGACCAGGAGGCUGCUGCUGUUCUCAUGUCGCGCAUUGCGGUCUUCAAGGCGGAAGUCGACGACGGACCUGAUGUUCUUCGAUGGGUCGACCGUAUGCUGAUCCGACUCUGCUCGAGAUUUGCGGAUUACCGUAAGGAUGACCCGUCAUCUUUCAGGCUGGAGAAGAACUUUACGCUAUACCCGCAGUUCAUGUUCCAUUUGCGCAGAAGCCAGUUCUUACAAGUAUUCAACAACUCCCCCGACGAGACUGCUUUCUAUCGGCAUGUCCUCCUCCACGAAGAUGUCAGCAACUCUUUGGUUAUGAUUCAACCGACGUUAGAUUCUUACACCUUUGACCAAGACGGCGGACAGCCUGUUCUCCUGGAUUCAGCCUCCAUUCAGCCAACCCACAUCCUGCUCCUAGACACCUUCUUCCACAUUCUAAUCUUCCAUGGCGAGACCAUUGCAGAGUGGCGGAAAGCAGGCUACCAGGACCAGGAAGGCUAUGAGAAUUUUGCCGCUCUGCUUGAGCAACCGAAAGAGGAUGCCAGAGAUCUCAUCACUGAUCGUUUCCCCCUGCCUCGUUUCAUUGUUUGCGAUGCCGGAGGCUCUCAAGCUCGUUUCUUGCUGUCCAAGCUGAAUCCCUCAACAACCCAUACUACUGGUGCCUAUGGUGGUGUUGGUGCUACGACAGCUCAGACAAUUUUUACCGAUGACGUCUCGUUACAUACCUUUAUGGAACACUUGAUGAAGUACGUACUUUUUUUACGUAAAAAUGGAAAUGGCGACUAA